GACAAGCCUAUGAGAGUCGUUGGGGAUUUGUGUCAUCCAAGCUUAUCGGACUUGCCUUUCAUGACUGCAUCAUCGUUUUCAUUCCAGACACGAUAUUCUCGCUGAAUGUACCUAGUCCUCAUUCGUCAUGAGCUCCGAUCCCGCCCCUCCUAAGCCUGGGGGUGGCCUGUCACUCUAUGCCAAUUUACUGGACCCCUCCGCGGAUAACUCCCCCGGGACGAUUUCUCGCGCGCCUGUUGUUUUCAGACAGGGUGCCGAGGCCGAGGCCCAUCCCGAUGACCCAGCUGCGAAAAAGCAGCAGCUCAGUGCCGCUUCUCUCCGAUUUCAACCCACCAAAAGGCCGCAACUCGCGACUCAGAAACCGAAGCCCAAGCCAAUACUACCUAAAGCUCCAAUCGCUGCCACGCCAGCCGCUGCAUCAGUCAAAACUACCCUUGCCGACUGGGCGGCCACCGAAGACGACGAUGUCAACGGGUUCUAUGCUGGGCCGAAGAGGCAGCGCGGAGGUCGCAAGAAGCGCAAGAAGAACCGGGAGGUGCAGGAAUUCAUACAGAACUGGGAUGAUAUCUACGAUCCGUCUCGGCCAAACAAUUAUGAGGAAUACAAGCAUAGCGACGAGCAGAUAGCUGAGAUCCGAGAGUGGAAGGACCGCCUCUAUGCACAUCGCAUGGCAAGGUCGCCCAGCAGGGACUCAUACAGUGAGGAUGAGGAUUAUGCACGGCCAAGGAACCGUCAAUUCGCGCCCCCCGGCAGUUUUGCGCCGCCCCCGGGCCUUAAUGAUGCUACUCCCAGGCCACCUGUGGAAUCACCACCCACCGAAGAACGAAUCGAAACUCCGGACGAUGUGUCGAUGGGAGGAAUCCCUCCGCCCCCACCGCCAGAUGAGCCACUGGCCCAUGUUCCCGACGACCCUACAGGCGAGGAUGCUUAUCUGCGAAGGAUCCAGAUGUCGACGGCUGGGAGCUCAGCAGUGCCCCCGCCACCACCGCCGUCACGGCCUUUGGAUGUCUUGCAGCCGGCUUCUGCGACCAUAUCCCGCGCUCCGGUUCGAUACACAUUACCACCUCCCCCUGAGGACAUACCUGCCUCGGAAGCAGAGCUUGAAGAAGUGUUCGCAAAGGAGCAACCAGUUGAUGAUGAGCCGGGAGACGAUGGUCAGCGCUCCCUUAGACCAGGCCAGAAGGGCUUUGCGGAACGGCUCAUGGCGAAGUAUGGCUGGACGAAGGGCUCCGGCCUUGGCGCCACAGGGUCCGGAAUCGUCAAGCCAUUGCAGGUCAAAGUUGAAAAGCAGAAGAAACGGCCGGACUCGGAAGGGGGUGGCUUUGUGACGCCCGCUGGACGGGGUAAGGUCAUUGGUGGUGCGCGGAAGAGCGAAGAAGAAGGCAAAUUUGGCCCCAUGAGUGAAGUAAUCGUUCUCAAAGGCAUGCUUGAUGGCAUGGAUCUUGAGGCUGAAUUGGCUGGCGACGGAGAGAGCGGUGGUCUCAUGCAGGAAAUCGGUGAAGAAUGCUCCGACAAGUACGGCCGUGUCGAGCGAGUUUACAUCCCACGAGAGUCGACGAAGCCCCCUGUUCCUGUGUUUGUAAAAUUCACCAAUCAGCUUUCGGCAUUGCGGGCGGUUAAUGCUCUCGAGGGCCGAAUAUUCAAUGGAAACGCGAUUACUGCGCGUUUCUACGAUACACAAAGGUUUGAGGAAGGGGAUCAUGAUGGUUGAUGUAAAUGGGGCUUAGUGAUUAUCUAGCUAUCUUCGAGCGGGAAUAACAACGUGACAGAAGAACAU